CUCAACUCCAUCAUGGCCCGAAAGUGAAGGAUACGAGUUAUCUAAAGAUAACGUAGCACGUUUUGAAAAAACUGAAGCAGAUUAUGUGGAAUCCCUAAUGGAAGUUCUUUCUUCAGCCGAUUCAAUUCGUCAAGUUAAACAGAAAUUAAGUGACAAAGAAAAACUAUCGGAAGAUAUGGAACAACUCUUUGAUGGAGCUAUAAAUCAAGAAGAAAAAGAACAAAAAAAAGCUUCUGAAGUGCCCAUAAAACGUAUCAUUAACAGAGUUCGAAUAAUGAAAAAACGUGAAAGACAAUAUGAACUAGAAGAAUUAUUACAUAAAAAUCAAGCUGAAUUGGAGAAGACCAAAGAUUAUGUAUUCAACACAGCAGUAACACCAUCUCAGAGAAAGGAAAGACAAGUUUUUGUGGAUAUAGAAUUAGAUCUCUUGGAUGAAUAUUUCUGGAUUAAAAGAGAAUUGAAUCCACGUACUGACGAAUACAGAGCAAAACUUUCGUCAGCCAACAGCUGGCCUGAUUAUCCAGAAUUUGAAGACACUCAAGAAUCAGAUAUGGAUGUAUCAGAUGUAUCAGACUCGGAUGAAUCAGACUUGGAUGUAUCAGACUCGGAUGAAUCAGACUUGGAUGAAUCAGACUCGGAUGAAUCAGCAGACUUGGAUGAAUCAGACUCGUAUGAAUUAGACUUAGAUGAAUUAGACUGUAAUGAAGAGGCAUGCCCAAAAAUUUAUAAAAUCGGUGCUUGAUAAACAUCA